AUGACUACAGUUCGUUUGCUGCUUCGUCUUGUGGCUGCCAACAACUGGGAAAUGUAUCAGAUGGAUGUUAACAACGCUUUUCUUCAUGGUGAUCUCGAAGAAGAAGUGUACAUGAAGAUUCCACCUGGUUACCGUCAUACUCAUCCCAACAAGGUGUGUCGUCUCCGCAAAUCCUUGUAUGGACUCAAGCAAGCUCCUCGAUGUUGGUUCAAGAAGCUUUCUGAUUCCCUGUUACGGUUUGGAUUUGUUCAGUCUUAUGACGAUUACUCUCUUUUCUCUUAUACACGAAAGGUGAUUGAGCUACGUGUUCUUGUUUAUGUGGAUGAUUUACUUAUUUGUGGUAACCACAGUCAUAUGCUCCAGAAGUUCAAAGAGUAUCUUGGGAAGUGUUUUUCCAUGAAAGACUUGGGGAAGUUAAAAUAUUUUCUUGGCUUUGAAGUAAGCAGAGGUCCGGAAGGUAUUUUUGUGUCCCAACGCAAGUAUGCGCUAGACAUUGUUACUGAUACAGGCAAUCUUGGUUGUCAGCCUGCAGCUACUCCACUCGAGCAAAACCACAAGCUUGCCAUUAGUACGAGCCAUGUCUUAACAGAUCCAAAGAAAUAUCGCAGGCUCAUGGGACGUUUGAUUUAUCUGGUUCACACUCGACCAGAGUUGAGCUACUCAGUUCACGUGUUGUCGCAGUUUAUGAAAAAGCAUCGCCAGGAUCAUUGGCAAGCUGCUCUUCGUGUUGUUCGGUUUAUUAAAGGUUCACUUGGACAGGGAAUUAUGUUUAGUUCAUCGGCUGACUUAUCUCUGACAGUGUUUUGUGACUCUGACUGGUCGUCAUGUCCUCUCACCAGGCGGUCUCUUAGUGCGUUUGUGGUUAUGCUUGGUGAUUCUCCGAUCUCGUGGAAGACUAAGAAGCAGAAAACGGUGUCUCAUUCUUCCGCUGAGGCCGAAUACAGGUCUAUGGCAGCUGCGUUGCGUGAAGUCAAGUGGCUUCGGAAGUUGUUAAAGGGGUUGGAUGUCGAACAAAAGUCUACUCGCUUCUUCUGUGACAGUAAAGCUGCCAUACACAUAGCUUCUAAUGUUGUCUUUCAUGAGCGUACCAAACACAUUGAAAAUGACUUUAAUGCUGUUCGGGAUGCGGUUCAAGCUGGUCUGAUUAAGCUUCACCACAUUCGGACUCAAGAUCAAGUUGCUGAUAUACUCAUAAAGGCGUUGGGGCGUGCACAAUUUCGUAACUUGUUGUCCAAGUUGGGCAUUCAUGAUCCUCAUGCUCCAACGUGA